GCGAUGUCAUCGUGGCACUGAAAAUACGUAAUGGACAAAAAUAUUGAAAUAGAAAUAAAUGAAAACUUUCUAUAAAAAUAAAUUAUAAACGUGUAAAAAUUUCAUUAUUAUCGAGAAAGUAGAGUGACAUUGCUUCUGCACAAGCGACGAUCGGCGAGUAAUUUAAGAAGUAUGUGUUCUGGCCGUUAUCACGUUGGUGAAAGAAAAACAAAAACGUUUACUUUACGAAUUAGGAACUUCCAACUUGUUUUGUUUCAAAUGAGAGAAGACACUCGUUAAUAUCUGUUGAUGUUCGAAAAUUUAUUUAAACUGUCGAGAAUUCGAUUGGCGAAAUCGAUUGAUAAAUUUCGAUAAUUGAGUGUUAUCGACGCGACACUUACUAAACCUAUAAAAAGGCGAAACGGAAACCAUUGAAACGUACAUAGAUACUAAAUAGAUUUAGACUGAUAGAUAAAAACGUGUAGAAAGCGACUAAUGCAGCGAUGGUAUUCGAUUCUGAACGUUCAUCGUAUAUGCGUUGUGAUUCCGAAGUGGGAGACAUGCUUGAUUAUAGAGGUAUUUGAUAUCUUCAUCCAGAAAGCAAACUUUCAGGAAGGACGACAUUCCUCUUUUAAAAAUAGAAGACACAAACCGCGCUUCGUACUAUUCAUAUUUAUCGUGAAUAAGGAUCGUGUCAUAGAAGAAUCGAUGAUCAUUUGUUCAAAUGAUAGUCAUGCCGCAGUACUCACGGACCCUGAGCGAUCUAAUCGUCCAUCUAAUUCGGAUAAUCUAAACGAAAGAUCAAUACCAGGAGGAUGGACCAUCACAUUAGCUUUAGCAGCUGUUACCUGUUGCUUAGGUUCAGCUGUACCAGCAGGAUUUAAUAUAGGAGUACUAAAUAAUGCAGCCCAUCUGGUGGGUGCAUUUUGUAAUGAAAGUAUUAGAGAAAGAUAUGGCAUGGAAGUAUCCGAAAAUGGGCUGAAAAUAGUUUGGUCUAGUGUUGUCUCAAUUUUUCUCAUUGGAGGGGCAGCUGGUUCAUUCCUCUCAAGCUGGGUAGCAGAUAGAUAUGGCAGAAAAGGAGCGCUGUUUAUUGGAAACAUAUUUGGCAUUAUAGGAGCUGCAAUGUUUUUUCUAAUACGUAAAUUAAAUUCAAUCGAAAUUUUGUUAGCAGGCAGAUUAGUUGUUGGACUAUCUGGAGGUUUCGCGACAAGUAUAGUACCAAUGUACAUGUCAGAAAUUGCACCACUUAGGCUAAGAGGUGCAGUUGGAGUAAUAUGUCAACUAGGAAUUACAUGUGGAGUAUUUUUAGGGCAAAUUGCAGGGCUUGAUACAGUUCUAGGAACUGAAAAUUCUUGGCAUUAUAUGCUAGGAGCAUUUGUUCCAUUAUGUAUAUAUGCCUUGGUUUUUACAAGCAUUAUUUUACCAGAAAGUCCUAAAUAUCUAUAUAUAAUCAGGGAACAGAAGCAGAAAGCUUUGGAUGAACUCAGUAGAAUACGUAAAAUGGAUAUAAUGUUACUAGAAGUGGAAAUUUCUAGUCUACAGCAAGAAAUAGAAACAAAAACAACAGCCGAACCUUGGACUAUCAAGCGCAUUUUUAAGGAUCCAAAUCUAAAACUUCCUGUAUUUUUAGUUUGUAUAAUACAAUUCGGUCAACAGAUGAGUGGUAUAAACGUUGUAUUUUACUAUUCUAACUCCAUAUUUAUCAAUGCUGGACUUGGCAUUACUGGGGCACAAUAUGCUACUCUUGGUACUGGCGUGGCUAACAUUGGUAUGGCUCUUGCUUCAGUACCAGUGAUGUCAACUUUGAAUAGGAGAGGUGUCCUACUUACUAGUAUAUAUUUGUGCUUAGGAUGUUUGAUAGUUUUAUGUACUUCCAUUUUAUUAAUUCAUCUGUCAUCGCAUAUGCCAAUAAUAUGUACAAUAGCCGUUCUGGCUUAUGUGAUAUUUUAUGGAAUUGGUCUUGGACCAAUACCAUACUUCAUUGGAUCUGAAUUAUUCGACGUUGGUCCUAGACCAGCAGCUAUGGCACUUGGUAGUGUUUUUAAUUGGGGUGGAAAUUUUAUAGUAGGCAUGACGUUCCCAACAAUAGAAAGUAUUAUGGGGCCAUAUACUUUUUUAAUAUUUGCCGUAUUUCUUUUAUUAUUAGGACAAAUUGUUAGGAUAUACUUACCUGAGACUAGAGGAAAAAAUACGAUGGACAUAGCAGCAUCAAUAAGUCAAGGAUUUAACUCUAGACCAAAUUCCAUCCGUCAUGCUUAAAUUUAAAAACUGAGCCUUGUUGCUAAGACAUCAAAUGGUUGCAUAGUGAGAGCUACACAACUUCCACCGAUUACGGAAGCCAGAAAAGUCAGAAAUAUUGGUUGAUCUGUAAACACCUUAAAAAGAAAUAUGAAAUAUUGUAAUUUUCAUUUAUACUAUUCUGAACGUGA